AUGCCUAUGGUGCCAAAUCUUCGUGCCUCUGUAUCCCUCCUAUCUCUGAAUGACAAUGUUAAUGAUGAUAGCGGCUGUCCGACAUUAAACCUGAAUUCCAGUAAUGCGGAAGAUUUCCCACUGCUUCUUCCUCUUCCUUUGCAAAUCUAUAAUGUCGGGGCAUGCAAUCAAAAAAUGCUCGAGAUGGAAUGGUCCCUGCAACACAUGCAAGCCAAUGAUGCUCUCAACGAGUGUCAUUCACACAUCCGAGUUCGUCGCCAGUUAUAUCAGUACAAGACCCAGCAUGUACGUGGACAAGGCUGGGAGCAGAAAUUGCAACCCUUGAAAAAGGCUCACCUGAGACCUAUAGGAGACUUCGGGGGUCAGACCCAAGGGACAGCCAUUAUGUCGUGGAUUUGGUUGACGCACGGUAUAUCCACCAAUGACAACAAGGGACUGCAAGACUCGCUCUGCGUGGAAUUGUGCAAGGCCCAUGCACGUCACAACAGGUGGUCGGAAGAAAUCCACCUAUUGUUGGAAGAAAUGCAACAUGUUCUGAAAUUCUUGGACUGGCAAGCCGAGCAGUGGGACUCACGAGGAUCAUCUGACAUGCAGCCAAAUGAGGAGGAGGGAUUUAUAGCUUAUGCUUGCCGGCAAGCUCACACUCGUCGCAGGCUAGCAGCCAUCUUCAAAGAGAGCUGGAGGAAAGUCCCUGAUCUCGUUGCCUCAGGUUUAAAUAAUAAUUUACUUGUCGAAGAGGAUGAUGGACCAUCUCUUAAUGAGCUGCAUUGCGAAAACAUUGACGAUGCAUGA